CAUAUACAAUUAGCAAAGCAUAACAAAACAGCACAGAGAAACCAUGACAUUAUCAAGAGGUUGAUUGACGUGACUUGGAGUGGUCUGACAAUUAUAUAUGAGCGAUUGUUUCUCAUGAAAAACAUUGCUGCUUUAGGUACAUUAAUUUAUCAUGAUGAAAUUUUUUAUACUGACGUUAAUUGUUUUGAAAUGCAAUAUUUUGACCAUAUUGGGAUAAAUGUUUUUCAGAAUUUUCAUUUCGACUUGUGGGCUGAAAUGAGGAUUUAUGUCAUUUUAAGCCCGGAGGUGACACUGAUAGUAAUUAUUGCUGCAUCAAUUUCAGGGAGCUUACUGGUUCAUGUAUCAGUGAAUUUACAGCACACUGCUCAGUUAAGUGUUACUACUGUGUGUCGUUUUCCGUGCCUGUGUGGUGAGAAGAGGAUUCUUAUGAGGAUCAGAGACUAAAUUAAAAACUGAAUCAUAACAGUUGGUCAUUUUGUGAAUAAUACAUAACUACUCCUCUACCAGGAAGGGAAUGCCUCUGCCUCUCCACAAGCUCAAGGGGCUGUGCUCCAGGAGGGUAUUUAAACAUGAGAGAACACCACAUCCUGUCUUGAAAGCAUGGAGGCGAUGUGGACCACGCUGGUACUGGCACUGGUGGCUGGAGCUCUUGCCAUGGCAAAGGGAAGGUCUGGUUUGGGAUGUACACUGCAGGGGACCCCCAGGCCUGUUUCUUUUUCCCAGCCUGGGGACUUUGUGAUCGGAGGCGUUUUUACCAUCCACUACUAUGUGACCAGCACUGAGAACAACUACACCAGCCGACCCAAAGCGCCGCAGUGUACAGGGAGUUUAGAUUUCCGGGAACUGCGCUUUGCUAGAACCAUGAUUUUUGCCAUCAAGGAGAUCAACAACAGUUCCGAGCUCCUGCCAGGUGUAAUUCUGGGAUACCAGAUCCAUGACUCCUGUGCCUCUGUGCCAGUAGCCGUGAAGGUUGCAUUCCAGCUGGCCAAUGGCAUCGAGCCAGUCUUUUUUCCCAACCAGUCCUGCUCAAAGUCUGCCACUGUGCAUGCUGUUGUGGGCGACUCUGAUUCCAGUCCUUCCAUCGCCAUGUCCAGAAUUAUUGGACCCUUUGGCAUCCCCCAGGUGAGCCAUUUAGCCACCUGUUCCUGUCUUAGUGACAAGCUGCAGUACCCAACCUUCUCCAGGACCAUCCCCAGUGACUAUUUCCAAGCAGCUGCUCUGGCUAGACUAGUCAAGCAUUUCGGCUGGACUUGGAUUGGGGCGGUGAGGAGCGACUCAGACUAUGGGAACAACGGGAUGGCCGCCUUCCUGCAGGCAGCACAGGCAGAGGGCAUCUGCGUGGAGUACUCAGAGGCAUUCUUCAGGACCAGCCCCCGUGCAAAAGUGCGACGCGUGGCAGAGGUCAUCAGCAGGUCCACAGCCCGUGUUGUUGUGGCAUUCGUAGCCACAGGCGACAUGCUGGUCUUGCUGUCGGAGCUGGAAGGCAUGCUGAUGGCCCCGCUACAGUGGAUUGGGAGCGAGGCUUGGGUCACUAACCGCAUAAUGUUGCAGUUCCGUCUGUUUGCCGGUGCCAUCGGCUUUGGCAUCCCCCGCUCAGUCAUUCCAGGGCUGCGAGACUUCCUGUUGGACCUGGGGCCGGCACAGGUUUCCCAAUCACCACUCCUCACAGAGUUCUGGGAGAGCGCUUUCGGCUGCAGCCUGGGGGGAAGUCAGACUGCAGCGGAUCGGAAAACAUGUGAUGGAAACCAGAAUCUGCGAGAUCUGCUGAAUCCCUACACAGACACAUCCCAGCUGCGUGUUUCCAACAUGGUAUACAAGGCUGUGUAUGCAAUAGCUCAUGCCAUACACAGCAUCAUCUGCACAGAUGAAUCUGACGGUCCACCCCACUGUAACACAAGUACCGGAGUUGAGCCACAACAGGUUAUGGAGCACCUGAGAAAAGUGAACUUCUCCAGGAAUGGGUACAAAGUCUCCUUUGAUGCCAAUGGGGAUCCGGUGGCCAUUUAUGAGUUGGUGAACUGGCAGGUGAUGAGGGAUGGACACAUGGAGUUUGUGACUGUGGGCCACUAUGAUGCAUCUGCCCCAGAUGGACAGGUGUUGAUCAUGAACAAGAACAUUACCUGGGCAGGUGGCCAGCCACAGGUGCCUUUGUCAGUGUGCAGUGGGAGCUGUCCCCCAGGCACUCGGAAGGCAGUGCAGAGAGGAAGGCCUGUCUGCUGCUAUGACUGUGUGCCCUGUGCUGAGGGUGAAAUCAGCAAUGUCACAGAUUCCCUGGAGUGUAUCACCUGCCCAGUUGACUACUGGACAAAUGCUGAGAAGGAUGCAUGUGUACCCAAACCUGUUGAGUUCUUGUCCUUCCAUGAGGUUCUGGGGAUCAUUCUGACAGGCUGUUCUGUAACUGGGGCCUGCAUGGCCAUCACAGUGGCUGCCGUGUUUUACAGACACAGGGACACUCCCAUUGUGAAAGCCAACAACUCAGAGCUGAGCUUCCUGUUGGUCUUUUCGCUGAAACUGUGUUUCCUUUGCUCUCUUACCUUCAUCGGCCAGCCCUCUGAGUGGUCCUGUAUGCUGCGCCACACUGCAUUUGGGAUCACCUUUGUCCUCUGCAUCUCUUGUGUUCUGGGAAAAACAAUAGUGGUGUUAAUGGCUUUCAGGGCUACACUCCCAGGCAGUAAUGUGAUGAAGUGGUUUGGGCCUCUGCAGCAGAGACUGAGUGUUCUUGCUUUCACUCUCAUACAGGUCCUUAUUUGUGUGCUUUGGUUAACAAUAUCCCCUCCUUUCCCCAACAAGAACAUGAAGCACUACAAAGAAAAGAUCAUUCUAGAAUGUGAUGUAGGAUCAGCAGUGGGGUUCUGGGCUGUGCUGGGUUAUAUUGGUCUCCUCUCUAUAUUGUGCUUUGCUUUAGCUUUUCUGGCUCGUAAGCUGCCUGACAACUUCAAUGAAGCCAAAUUCAUCACAUUCAGCAUGCUCAUAUUCUGUACAGUCUGGAUCACCUUUAUACCAGCCUAUGUCAGUUCACCUGGAAAGUUCACUGUAGCCGUGGAGAUCUUUGCGAUAUUAGCUUCCAGCUUUGGUCUGAUCGUUUGCAUUUUUGUCCCCAAAUGCUUCAUAAUAUUGUUUCGGCCUGAGAAAAAUACCAAAAAGCACAUGAUGGGGAAAACGAUGUCAACAUCUUUUGGAAGCACAUGAUGAAAUGUCAGUAAUUUUUUAAGUAAUAUUGAUUGUAUUUAAGAAGUUUGUUGUGUUAUUUUUUUCUGCUGUAUAUUCUUUUGAGGGAAAAAAGUGCUUAUGUCUAAGAACAAUUGUCUGAGGACCAUUUUUUAUCCGUAUCUUAUCAGGGAUUUCAUAUCAGCAAUAAAAGAUUGAUGAA